AUGACUUUCGAGCCACCAGCCAAGGACGAAUCCAUGAUCCUCGUCUGCCACCAGCUCCACGACGAGUUCAGAGAUGUCUUCGACCGAGUACGAGGAGUGGCGACUCACAUUGCGAUCAACACGACAAACUUCUCCUAUGCCGAGAUCUCUCCAGUGGCGAGGGAUAUUGAAGCUGGAAGGUUUAGUCCGAUAGCGAGGUUCGACUUGGCUGUCGAGAUCAACAAAGCAUUCAGGUGGCCAUUUGACGAUCUAAGAUUAGUGCAAGCUGGAUUUCUCGUAGGCGAUGCUAGAAGCGAUAUCGACCCGACUGGUUCGCCAUACUGUAUACCCUACGAUUGCACGGUGCAGUUCAUGGACGACAGCGUCGAUCGAGACUACUGGAACCAUCUCGUCAAUCAAGUCAUGCCGGGCUUUGUAGUCGAGCUGGGCGAAGAUAUGCUGCAAGUUGAUAGAGUAGCGAAGGCUUUCGAGGCAGCGCUACGUGAGGUCAAGAAGGGAUCUUGCACUUACUACAGCGUGCCGCCACGACGGACCACGUACACUAUGAAUGGUGACAGUGUCAGGAGUAUUGUGAGCCCGGCGAUGGACAGCGCCCAGCGUGCAAUGAAAUGGUUCAAGAAGAACUGCUCGAUUACUUCUAGGCAGCCCGAGAGGAAGCAUGAACGAUUCGACAACCGGUGGAAAGUCUGGCAAAAUAAGGAAAUACCAUUCAAGAUUGAGCAUGUUACACACGAUGCUAGCAAGAAGAGUCAUAUGCCUUUAGCUUAUGAAAUCUCUUCGCCUUCGGUCAGUCGGACGGAGCAGACAACAUUCAACAUCCAUCAGAGAACAGGCUCGGGUGGUGAGUCCGAGGCAUGGCGGGUUUCCAAUAUCGUGGGCGCACCUGUGAUGGGAGUCUACGAUACCGUUUAG